AUGAAACACAAGGAUAAGCUCAGUAAGCCGUCGUCAGCUGGCCGUGUGGCCGGCGAAGGCUUGUCCACGAAACGGUCGGAAUACUAUAAGGCUGGGCGAAAGGAGAGAAAGACCAGCUCGGAAAGCCAGGAGCACGAGGUUAAAGAACUUAAGGCACAAGUGGCACAGAUUCCAGAAAUAGUCCAAGAGCAAGUGCGAGACCAACUGGGAGCGACGAUCCCCGCCAUUAUGCCUUCCUUGCUUGAGGGGCUGCAGGACGUAUCACGGGGGUGGAUUGCGGGCGGCCAACAAGGGCCGCCCCCGAUUCCCAGCUUCAUGGGCAGCAACUCGCACAACGCGCCGGCAUCGGUGUCUCCGACAACACCGCCAGUCGUGGCACAAGAUCCGGACGACGACGACGGUACAUUUUCCAACGUCGAUAAGUACAUCAACGAACAUGGGUACGGUGACGAAUUGUUCGGGCCUCCUUCUCAAAAAUCCAACCCUGCAAAAGAUGAUGGCGAUCUAGCUGGUAUCGCGGAGAAACACAAUUGCAACAGGCGUCGUCUAUUCAGUUCUCAGGAGACGCCUCCAGCUGCCGCCUUCACCGAGACUCAAAUAUCCGAGGACGGGCCACCAAUAUCUAAGGAUAUUGAGAGGAGGGUGCAUGUGGCGGGUAGGCCGAUGCUACCGACUAAUCUGCUCAAUGCUGCAACCGGUGCUAUGUGGAUUCUGCAUGACCUUGUUCUUUAUAUGGAGAAGCGGCGUCUCUCCGAGAAUGAUGCGACAUACCCGGUUUUCGUGGCCAAGGUGCCAGAGGGCAAGGGCUUUAUCGAUAGCACCAUCGGGCGUAUGAUCGUCCUGCGGUUUGAUGACAUCUUCGCUAUGCUUAACCUUUAUCCGCUGCACUACACCUUCAUUCGGCUAUUUUCGCUCAGUAUGGAUAUGUGGAUCAUUAGAGACAAGACACCGGACAUCGUGAUAGUCGACCCCUUCUACAUGCGUGCGAAGAUCUUGGGCAGCGCUGGGGACCGACAAGUCGUGAGUUCAUACCUCGAAGGCGUCAUUCUGGCGAACGCAGAUAAGGAUAACUUCCUCGUGCCUUACUUUUCCGAUGACACACAUUGCACACUUAUCCUCUUAAGCCCGAAAUAUUCCAUGGCCACGUAUUUCGACUCGGACCGUCAGUCGAAGAAAGACUACACAAAUAUCAAGAAAGUUCUUGAUGAUGUCCUCCCCGGCUACGCCAAAUCUGGAGGCACCUUCAGGAGG